UAAGUAUACAUAAAAAUACAGUUAGUUCUGUCAGAGGUAAAUAUUUAUAAAUUUUAAUUAAUAAUUAAUACCUCAUAGUGAUAAUUAUUAAUCAUAAAUAUCGUUCAUAGUGAUUACAAAUUACUGUUGUGCGUCAGAGGUUGAAUUUACAAUUACAGUGGAUUAAAAAUAAAAAAAUCAGAAGAUUAAAAUGACUUUGAUAGAAGGAGUAGGCGACGAAGUUACAGACUUCUUCAUAGUUGCAGCAGUAAUAUUAAUCGGCUACAUAGCAUGGUGCUCCACGAAUAUAUCCGAGCAACCGUUGAUCCGGACUGUUUUGAUACUCCAGCACAGAACAAGAACAAGAAUCGCAGAGCUCAGGGCAAACACGUCAAGAAUUGACACCAGGAACUCUAGUGCUGAUGAGUCUAGUGAAGAGACUAUUGUACAGAGUGACAGUCCUGACAGUAGCAAUGAAGCUGAACCAAAUUGUCCUGUUCAUAGUGGUCCAGCUACACCAGAAGCAACUGGCUCAUUAGCAACAGGAACUUCCGAACAAGUAUUGAUAGAAGCUAUGGAUUCAUUAAACGAAGAUACGAAUUUACUGCACAGACCCGUUAAAUUACCAUCUAAUGACACUACCAAGUCAGAAGAAACUGACCAAUCAGCCCCGUCAGCUCCAUCAGAACCAACAGACAGUGCUCGAGAAACUUGCGAUGAAGACAAUGAAAUAACAAUCAAGUUGAAGUUCAUCAACGACGACCAAAAAAUAGUAACUGGCCGCUUGAAGGAAAUGUUGAGCGAAUUUAAAAGGAGACAUUUCCAAGUAGAACUAGACGCCCAAAAGCGAGUCCGUCUAGUAUUCAACGGCCAAGUUCUGCAGCCAGACAGCGAAACUCUAGAGAAAUGCGGACUAUUCCACAACUGCGUGGUCCACUGUUUAGUCCACCAGCCCUUGCUACCGACCCCUUCGCAGUCAACUUCCUCCCGGUAUUCUGGCAACAGCAACCCCGCGUUCCAGAACGUGCCCAACGGCGACAGCGGGAUCAGUUCCCUGCACCAGGAGUGGGACCUCAGCAGACUGCUAGUCAGUAUUUUGACCAUGCUACUGGCCUUCGCGUGGUACUGCAGGUAUCACUACACUCAGCUGUUCACAGUGUCCACCACUUUAGCGCUCUACGUUCUCACUGCGCUGUUCACUCUCGCUCUCUUCGGCAAUUUCUUCCCGGACCAAGAAAGCUUGAGGGAAGUCGAGUAAUUUUUAUUUUUAAAUUAUUCACGGAUUAAAUUUAUUUAUUACCCAGACACUUGCACGACUGAUUUUGAUUUUGAUUCACUCCAGGAAACUUACCGGGUUUUUUUUCCCCGGAGAAAUUAUUUCUCUAAUGUAAGAUAAAUUUUUUAUUAAAGAAAAAAAGUCACCUGGGUUUCCUGUUUUCUGUCGAAGCAUUUAAUUUAAAUUAAAUAAGAAAAAAAAUUAUUAUUUGUGAUUGGAUAAAA